GGCCUGCCCGAGCUCGGGGCCGACCCCGCACGCGCGCUGGCGGGCGCGCCAGCGCUUCCCCCUAAGAUCCGACGAUGUCGGGGUUUUCCCACGCCCGCUGGGCCAUUGCCGCCGCGGGCACCUCCAUGAGGGCCGCGCGGCUGGGGCGGGCAGCGCUGCGACGCAGCGCCCCCGCACCCGGGCGGCCCGCGCAGCUCCGCCAGCGGGCCACCUGCGCCUGGGCGGGCCAACCAGCGCCGUCGCGCUGGGGCGGUGGCCCGGCGGGGCCUCGGCAACGGCCGGCGGCAGCGGCCAGCGCAUCGAGCGCCGCCGCGGGCCCGUCGGCGGUUCUGCCCGAGUCGCUGCUGCCGCUGCGCGGAGAGUUGGGGCUGACCACCGCGCAGGCGGCCCGCCUGCUGGAGAAGCACCCGGAGCUGCUGUGCUGCACGGCUGCGUCCGUGCGGGAGGUCCUCGGCUUCCUUCGGACGGGCGUGGGCAUAUCCCGCAGCCAGACUCUGUCCGCUGUCGUCCGGGCCCACCCGGACCUGCUCACCGCCAGCACGAAGCAGAUGGAGAUCACACUCGAGGCAUGGAGGCACGCGGUAGCUUCGCGCAAGGCGGCGGACUCCAUGGCCCAGGUCGCCCCCCACUGUCUGCUGAUGGGGCCCGAGGCCGUGGAGGACCGCCGGCGCCUCUUCGAGGGGCUCGGCGUCGCCAUCGACGGCCUCGCGCUGCGUCACCCAGCCGCGUUGCUGCAGGACGCCGCGGCGACGACGGCGGUCUUCGACUUCCUAGUGGACGGCACGCAGGGGCCCGGCAUGAGCCGGCCCCAGGCCGCGCGCCUGUGCGGCAGCUUCCCGAGGCUGCUGACGUACGACGCGCAGGGGCAGCUGGCGCCCCUCGUGCGAUUCCUGCGCGAGGAGCUGGGCGCGGACCCCGCGUCCAGGGCCUGCGAGAGCUUCUUCGCCUGGCCCAGGGUGGACGCAGAGUACCGGCCAGCAGCCAGGCUCCUCCUGGAGUGCGGCUACUCCAGGGAGGAGCUCGCCGCAGAGGUCGACGUGCUCACGUACUCCCUCGACCUGUGCCUGCGGCCGCGGGCGUCGCUGGUGAAGAGGAAGUCGGAAACUGGAACAUCUACACCACCAGUGGUGGGUUUUGUUUCAAUCCCAGGAUUUUUCUGAGGGUCGGGGACGACGUCGGGGUGGUGUGGUGUAUACUUCUCCCCCGUUUUCCUCGGGAAACAAGCAAAAAUGUACACACCAGGAUCCCGUAUACAUCAGGAUCCGCGUUCCUGUGCGAAUCUCGGCGCAGGGUCGGAAAAAGCGUCGGUGUAUAGAGUUCGUUUCCCUAGGAAAGAGCUGCCCCGCCCAGCGCUCCGGUCUCUCGCAGAGGGCAGCGACGCGGAGUGGUGCAGGGCGGUCGGCGUGGACAUCGAGUAUUUCCGUGAGUUCCAGGCGCUGCUGCGGGCAGAGGCCAAGAAGGCGGCAGCUUCGUCUUGAUCGUCUGGCGGCGAGAGUGCCUGCCUAGCCGCGCUGCGGAAAGAAAGGGACCCUCCUCGAAGAGCACGCCCUGGUUGGAGAGUGCGUCUCUCUCUCUCUCUCUCUCGAACCCCGCCGUCCCAACUUUUUAAUCCAGCGGGUUGUAGUGCGCAAGUGUUGUCUGACUCCGUCGUCGCGGCUGUCUCGGUUUGGUCAUGUGUGCAGUGCGUCGUGCUUGCAGUCUCCGUAAUUCCUUCAGCUCGCCCGCCAUGUCGCAGUGCCAACACGAUUGGUGGCCAAAGGGG